AUAUGUUGAAUAUUAAGCAUUUGCUUAUUUCGAGCGUUCUGCUGCUACUAGUUUCUGCAAAAACGACAAAACUUCCUUCAUUCCUUCAUAUUUGUCACCGAUCUGAUCCGCAUUUGAAUGAUUGCAUUAAAAAGUCCGUGGAGAAGUUGCGGCCGCUCCUCAGCAAAGGAAUACCUGAAUUCGGGAUUCCGAGCUGCGAACCCUUGAGGAUUCCAGAGGUUGUCAUUGACCAAGGAGCCGGUCCGGUAUCGGUUAAAUCUAUCUACAAGGAUAUCAAAGUUUACGGACCAUCCGACUUUACCUUAAAACAUGUCAAGAUCGAUUUGGAUAAAAAUAGGGUCAGAAUCAAGGUCUGGAUUCCCAGAUUGGAGCUGAUCAGCGAUUACACGAUGGACGGUAAGAUUUUGAUGAUGCCCAUACAGGGAUCUGGAACGAGUCAUGGAAAUUACACUAAUAUUGAUGCGACAAUCAUUAUGCAAGGACAACAGAUCAAAAAGGACGGCGACGUUUAUUUCAAUGUUAAAGAUUUCUACGUAGAUUUCAAUAUAGGUCACGCGAGCAUACAACUAGAUAAUCUAUUUAACGGAGACAAAGAAUUGGGUGAAGCGAUGAAUUUGUUUUUGAAUGAUAAUUGGAGACAAGUUUCCAACGAAAUUAAACCAGUUUUGGAAGACACAAUUGCAUCGAUAUUCAAGAAAUUCUCAAACAAAAUCUACCACAAAUAUCCUUUGGAGAUUCUUCUUCCAAAAUAAUUAAAUUAAGUUUAUAUUUUAUAAAAAAAAAUGUAUUCAUGUAUUAUUCAUAUCUAUGUUUCACUGAUUCAGAAAAAAAAAUUAUAAUAUGACAUCAAUAGUGAAAGAAUUAGUUUAUAAU